AAAUGAAAAGCAUCAUAAACCCUUUCAACUCCAAACCCACCCAACCGCAACUCCAAACACGGUUCAACCCAAUCCACCUCCGACUCGACCGGCGAAAUCCGGUUCACCAAACCCGUAUACUUCCUCACGUCACCCGCUUCAUCGUUCUCCUCCUGUCCGAAAGCCCUAUACUCCGCGAAGUUCAGUUCGAAAAAUCACAAGAAAAACACACAAAAUUCUAUGGAAAAAAUGGAGCUAGAAUUCGAAUUCGUACUGGUGAAUCGCUGAGACGGCGCCAUGAACCUCAUCCAACGUCGGAACGGACCAUUCGAUUGAGUCCUCAGAAACCCUAGCGGCAUUUUCAAUCUCAAUUCCGUCUUCAGUAACCCACUCGAACUCAUCACAGUGCGGAUUACAGAAAUGCCAGCCGGUGGGAACUCCGUUAGUGGCGGAAAUCGGGCACUGGCUAAGGGAAGUGCUCGACGACUGGCUGUGGAAAUUGGCGGAGCCGCUGGGGCGUCGUGUGGCUCUGGAAGUGGAAGUCGGAGAGGAAGGUCGGUUUGCGGGGGUACUAGCGGCUCUGGCGACGGCUCUACCGGCGGUUCUGAUGAUGUUUCCGGCAGGUCCACCUCCCAUGCUUUUACCGCGGAACAUGAUGAUCGGGAUAGGAAGGCAUGGUAUGGUUUUGUUAUCCAUUUCCAUCCCCGAGGGGUAAGGACUAGAAUGACUCGAGGUUUGAAGAUUUCUCCUAAUAAUCGCUUUCCUGGUCAAGCUUCAAGCAUGUCGUCGCACAUUGGGACAGCGAACAAGAUUGUCAAAGAGAAGCUUACCCCCAAGCAACUGGACUUGUUCAAAAGGACUGUAUUUGGACGGUUUGUGGAUAUGGAUCUGGUUUUCAGCAGCCCAUUAGUCCAUCAUAUUUUAUUACGGGAGGUGAAGGACGAGAGGCCAGAUGCUAUGAGCUUCAAUCUGAAUGGUAUUAUUGCCACCUUCUCCAAAGAAGAGUUCUUGUUGGUGACGGGAUUGUGGCCCUCACCUACCAAAUCAGUUCGAAGGGUUGAAGCGUCUAAAUCACUAGGAACAAAGUAUUUCGGUAAUGAGUUGGUGGUGGACAUGAACCCCAUUACCUUUGAGGAAAGAUACAAGAAUUUGAACUUCUACGAUGACUUGGACGCAGUGAAGGUUACAUUGGUUUAUUACACUGAGUUGGCAAUGAUGGGGAAAGACAGGACAAAGAGUAUAAUCAACAAAUCACUAUUGGACGAUGUUGAGGACUUGAAAUACUACAAUAGUCUCGAUUGGGGACAUAUAUUAUGGGAGAGGACAUUGAGGGGCCUUCAAAAUGCACUAAAGAACAAGGUUGAUAUGUACAAGAAAAAGGUCAAAUUGAAUAAGAACUAUAAUGUAAAGUAUAGCUUGCCUGGUUUUCCUCAUGCAUUCCAGGUGUGGGCAUACGAAAUCAUAUCAUCAAUGGCAGCUGGUAGAGCUGUUACUCGACUGAACAAUGAUGCGGUGCCUCGCUUCUUGAGAUGGUCAUGCUCGUAUUCACUUCCUUCCAAGUUAUUGCAGAGAGACAUUUUCAACUCUACGAGGAUAGUGAUCUCUCCUGCACUUGUUAUGUCGGAUGCGGAAAAGCAAUUUAGAGACACCCAGGUUGAUGAACGACCAGUGUAUGUAGCGGACCAAGCCGAGAGGGCUCCAUCAGUGAUUGACAUCUCCGAGGAAAGUGAUGGCCCAAAAGAUGCUCAGGGUCAAUUCGAUGACCAUGAUCUCCACAACGAGGAUAUUUCAAAUCCUCAUUACAAGCAUCUGCAGGGUCCACAUGCUAAGCAUGAGCGCAGUGACAACUGCGAUCCCCACGAUAACCAUGACAUUGAUAACAAUUCCGUUCGUUUCAUGAGGGAUCAUGUGGAGGAUCAUCUACCAGAGCCUGAAAUGAGCAUGAAGAGGUGCAAAAGGGAAGGAAAAUCACGUGAGGAGCACAAGCACAACGUCUUCUCCCAUCUGAAAAGCUUAGAUGGUCGUAUCUCAAGAGUUGAAGACACAUUGAAGGAGAUGAAGUCGGACUUGCAGACCAUUACUUCUCUAUUGCGCUCGUAUUGUAAGAGCAAGAACGUGUUUAAUGAUAAGAAUGGUGCUUGCGAAUUGGAUUCCAGGCAUCCUGAACCCACAUCUCCCACAGCUCCUUCACCUCACAUCGAGACUACUACUACUAGUGGGUUGGAUGAUGAAAGGGCCAUUAGAACAGCAGAGUGUGAAGUUGUUCAAGACAUGGAGCUCCGUAAAUGGGGUUUCAAGUUCACACUUGCUUAAGUAUAUAUUAAACAUAUCGUAACUUGUAUUUCACUCGUAGUUUUUGAUUUGUACAAAAGGCUCCAGGUUAAAAUGUAAAUUGGGGAUGAAAAUUUUUGGGACAAAAUUUAGAAAAGACCCUAUGAAUUUUGUCUUUGUAUUAGAAAAAUAUCUAUUCCCUUACGGAAGUUGCAAUAUAUAAAUAUUUCAAAACUUUCA